CCAAAAGCUGGUCGACAGUAUAAAUUCUGUCACACUCUCAUCACCAGCAACAUCAUCAACAACUCAGAGGCUCUCUUCGUUUCGCAAGCAAGUUCUGUGUGUGGUCCAAUAUGAAGAUCUUUGGAGGGGUGUUAUUGCCCCUAAUCCUACUGCUCAACACCGGAGGGAUUUCAGGGACAGUUGUUUCCAGCUGUGGUUCCUGCCACGAAGAAGCAACGUGUGAAGAGUCAGACGAAAGAGGCGACUCCAUUACUGGCUUCUCCUGCGUGUGCAACGACGGCUUUGUCGGCGACGGUCUCACCUGUUACAAUACCUUAGCCUGUGCCGAUGGCUCUUGUUGUAACCAAGGUUACGAGUGGGCACCUGGCAGUGGCUGCGUGGACACAGACGAGUGUUCGCUCGCCGAAUCACCUUGCACGGCACCGCUGAUUUGCCAAAACACACCCGGCACUUAUGAAUGCCUCGAGCCUGACGCACACUCCAGAUUGGGCCCUUCCUUACAAUCAGUCCAGUUCCCUUGUGGAAACACAGUAUGUCGAAAUGGCAUGGACUGUAUUGGAAAUAGAUGUGCUGAUCCCUGUCAGGACUACACUGCCCUGAACGAUGAGUGGCGUUCGAUACAGUUUAGAUAUAAUAACUCCAACCUGGCAAAAUGUGACCGAAAUAUUGAGUGGCGAGGCUGGUAUCGCCUGUUUCUGGGGGGCAACAAUGCACGUAUUCCUGAGAGAUGUAUAGAUGAAAACAUGUGUGGAACCCAUGCACCGUUGUGGAUAAGAGGACCUCAUCCCACACAGUCUAAUAUGAUUGCAUCUCGUACUGUGUGUAAUGCAUGGUCGAGAGGAUGCUGCCAUUUUGCUUCACACAACAUCCAUGUCAAGCUUUGCUCUACAGCAGCGAGCAGCUACUACGUGUAUAAACUUGUGAAGCCAUCAACGUGCCAUCUUGCUUACUGUGCAGAGGUGAAUGGAAUAGAUUCUACACCAGGACCUGAAGUUAGUCCAACCACUUUACCAAAUGAUGAAACGACAGAAUUCCAUCCCCCACAAACAACACCAGCGGGACCAGUAGAUGAGGGGGACGUCCGUUUGGCGAAUGGUGGAAACAGCUCCUGCUCCGGCAGAGUGGAAAUCUUCCAACGCGGACAGUGGGGAACGGUGUGUGACGACAUCUGGGACCUGAAGCAUGCACAAGUGGUGUGCAGACAGUUGGGCUGUGGCAGGGCCCUGGCGGCCCUCCACAGGGCUCACUUUGGAGAGGGCAGAGGGCCCAUUUGGCUGGACAACGUCAGAUGCACCGGAAGUGAAGCAAAGCUGGGAGAGUGCAAUCACCUAGGGAUCGGGUCGCACAACUGUGGUCACCACGAGGAUGCUGGAGUGGUUUGUGAAGCUGCUUCACCCGUGAGGCUGGUCAACUCUGACAACCGUUGCUCUGGAAGAGUUGAGGUCUACCAUAAUGGACAGUGGGGGACUGUGUGUGACGACUUUUGGGACCUCACCGACGCCAACGUGGUGUGUAGACAGUUGGACUGCGGCAGGGCUCGUUCAGCACCGCCCAAUGCAGCUUUUGGACAGGGCCGUGGACCCAUCUGGUUGGAUGAUGUUCGUUGUUUUGGAAAUGAAACCUCAAUAACAAGCUGCCGACAUCUUGGAUUUGGGAGACACAACUGUGGUCACCAUGAGGAUGCUGGUGUUGUUUGUGAAGAUGACCAACCUUCACUCAGACCUUCACACCUUAUUUGUGGUCCUGACAAAAUCCAAGUGGGCCUGAAUUCGAUUAGCAUAACAAGCGCUGGUUACAACCCACUUUCUGGCAACCUGGCAGUCCACAACUGUUCCUGGGUCAGGGUGCAGAGUGGCAUCGUAUGGUACGAGGCCAACACUAAGGCAGAUGCCUGCGGAAACACGCUGAGGACCAACCGGACACAUGCCAUCUACUCCAACAAUUUAUUCAUCUACCCAUUGAACAACGCAUCCUUCUCUCUUCCUCUGAAACUUCCUUUCUCGUGUGCCUAUCCCCUGGACACAGACAGCAGGCUGAAUGUCGCCGUCAGGCCCUACCUGGAUCUGGAAGGUGCUAUUGUUGGCUUGGGUGACAAAGCCAGAGCCUCCAUGGUCCUGUUCCGCAACUCCAAUUACACACAGCCUUAUCCAGCGGGUGCAGUUUUCCUUCCAGUGGGCUCACCAUUGUAUGUGGGGGUCUCUGUGGACAAAAGAGAUCCCAGCUUGGCACUUGUUUUGGAGGAUUGCUUCGCUUCUCACUCCCCAAACCCUGCGACCCCUCAGCGAUACACUCUCAUCCAAAAUAAAUGUCCCGCUGACCGGCAACAAGUGUCGGUGGUCGAGAGUGGCUCAUCGCUUCGGGCUCGUUUUGCUGCCCUCUUCUUCCUGCUUCAGGGAGAAUACCGAGAUGUUUACCUCCACUGCAGCCUCAGCCUGUGUGACCGCAGGAGGCACUCUUGCAUUCCGCCUUGCGCAAGGAGAGCACACCGCUCAGUCUCAGACUCUGUCCCAACGAAGCCACUCACCAUUGGCCCGAUCACUUGUAAGCAUACUCAUUCGGCUAUCAGAUUCUCACUACUUAAACGAACACGUGGAGGAAGAAAAAGGCCACCUUCCUCCAACAGAACAAGUAUGGGGAUGCCAAGAGUAGUAUUACUGUUUCUGACUUGGCAGCUCAUUGCAAGAGGAUCAGCGGUGGAUGGAAGAAGUUAUUUUACCCCACCUGAACCUGAUGGUUUUGGAAUGGAGCCAACAACAAUCGCCUCUGAAACUACGACCCGUGUCAUGGGACAACCAAUCGAAGAGGGGGAGGUCCGUCUGGCGAAUGGUGCAAGCAGCUCCUGCUCCGGCAGAGUGGAAAUCUUCCAACGCGGACAGUGGGGAACGGUGUGUGACGACUUCUGGGACCUGAAGCAUGCACAAGUGGUGUGCAGACAGUUGGGCUGCAGCAGGGCUCUGGCGGCCCCCCUUCGUGCUCACUUUGGAGAGGGCAGAGGGCCCAUUUGGCUGGACGACGUCAGAUGCACCGGAAGUGAAGCAAAGCUGGGAGAGUGCAAUCACCUCGGCAUCGGGUCACACGACUGUGGUCACCACGAGGAUGCUGGAGUGGUUUGUGAAGUUAUUCAGUCUAACACAACUCUGUUGUUCUCAGCGGUGAAUGAAACAAGUUAUUUUGCGACACCUGAACCUGAUGUUUCUGGAAUGGAGCCAACCACAAUCGCCUCUGAGACAACGACCGGUGUCAUGGCACAAUCAAUCGAUGACGGGGAGGUCCGUCUGGCGAACGGUGCAAGCAGCUCCUGCUCCGGCAGAGUGGAAAUCUUCCAACGCGGACAGUGGGGAACGGUGUGUGACGACUUCUGGGACCUGAAGCAUGCACAAGUGGUGUGCAGACAGUUGGGCUGCAGCAGGGCUCUGGCGGCCCCCCUUCGUGCUCACUUUGGAGAGGGCAGAGGGCCCAUUUGGCUGGACAACGUCAGAUGCACCGGAAGUGAAGCAAAGCUGGGAGAGUGCAAUCACCUAGGGAUCGGCUCGCACGACUGUGGUCACCACGAGGAUGCUGGAGUGGUUUGCGAAGAUGACCAACCUUCACUCAGACCUUCACACCUUAUUUGUGGUCCUGACAAAAUCCAAGUGGGCCUGAAUUCGGUUAGCAUAACAAGCGCUGGUUACAACCCACUUUCUGGCAACCUGGCAGCCCACAACUGUUCCUGGGUCACGGUGCAGAGUGGCAUUGUGUGGUUCGAGGCCAACACUAAGGCAGAUGCCUGCGGAAACACGCUGACGACCAACCGGACACACGCCAUCUACUCCAACAGUCUAUUCAUCUACCCAUUGAACAACGCAUCCUUCUCUCUUCCUCUGAAACUUCCUUUCUCGUGUGCCUAUCCCCUGGACACAGACAGCAGGCUGAAUGUCGCCGUUAGGCCCUACCUGGAUCUGCAAGGUGCUCUUGUUGGCUCGGGUGACAAAGCCAGAGCCUCCAUGGUCUUGUUCCGCAACUCCAAUUACACAGAGCCUUAUGCAGCGGGUGCAGUUUUCCUUCCAGUGGGCUCACCAUUGUAUGUGGGGGUCUCUGUGGACAAAAGAGAUCCCAGCUUGGCACUUGUUUUGGAGGAUUGCUUCGCUUCUCACUCCCCAAACCCUGCAAACCCUGAGCGAUACUCUCUCAUCCACAACAAAUGUCCCGCUGAUCGCCAACAAGUGUCGGUGGUCGAGAGUGGCUCUUCGCUUCGGGCUCGUUUCGCUGCCCUCUUCUUCUUGCUUCAGGCAGAAUACCGAGAUGUUUACCUCCACUGUAGUCUCAGCCUGUGUGACUGCAGGAGGCACUCUUGCAUUCCGCCUUGUGCAAGGAGAGCACACCGCUCAGUCUCAGACUCUGCCCCAAUGAAGCCACUCACCAUUGGCCCAAUCACUUGGAAUAAAUCAUCUGAAACGACAGAGGGUCACAGUACCGGUAAUUCAACAAGAAGAACAACAACAAGAACAACGAGGACAACAUCUCCUUUCCCAACAACACCGGCGGGACCAGUCGAUGAUGGGGAGGUCCGUCUGGCGAAUGGUGGAAACAGCUCCUGCUCCGGCAGAGUGGAAAUCUUCCAACGCGGGCAGUGGGGAACAGUGUGUGACGACAUCUGGGACCUGAAGCAUGCACAAGUGGUGUGCAGACAGUUGGGCUGUGGCAGGGCCCUGGCGGCCCUCCACAGGGCUCACUUUGGAGAGGGCAGAGGGCCCAUUUGGCUGGACAACGUCAGAUGCACCGGAAGUGAAGCAAAACUGGGAGAGUGCAAUCACCUUGGGAUCGGGUCGCACAACUGUGGUCACCACGAGGAUGCUGGAGUGGUUUGUGAAGCUGCUUCACCCGUGAGGCUGGUCAACUCUGACAACCGUUGCUCUGGAAGAGUUGAGGUCUACCAUAAUGGACAGUGGGGGACUGUGUGUGACGACCUUUGGGACCUCACCGACGCCAACGUGGUGUGUAGACAGUUGGACUGCGGCAGGGCUCGUUCAGCACCGCCCAAUGCAGCUUUUGGACAGGGCCGUGGACCCAUCUGGUUGGAUGAUGUUCGUUGUUUUGGAAAUGAAACCUCAAUAACAAGCUGCCGACAUCUUGGAUUUGGGAGACACAACUGUGGUCACCAUGAGGAUGCUGGUGUUGUUUGUGAAGAUGACCAACCUUCACUCAGACCUUCACACCUUAUUUGUGGUCCUGACAAAAUCCAAGUGGGCCUGAAUUCGGUUAGCAUAACAAGCGCUGGUUACAACCCACUUUCUGGCAACCUGGCAGUCCACAACUGUUCCUGGGUCAGGGUGCAGAGUGGCAUCGUGUGGUACGAGGCCGACACCAAGGCACAUGCCUGCGGAAACACGCUGACGACCAACCGGACACACGCCAUCUACUCCAACAGUCUAUUCAUCUACCCAUUGAACAACGCAUCCUUCUCUCUUCCUCUGAAACUUCCUUUCUCGUGUGCCUAUCCCCUGGACACAGACAGCAGGCUGAGUGUCGCCGUCAGGCCCUACCUGGAUCUGCAAGGUGCUCUUGUUGGCUCGGGUGACAAAGCCAGAGCCUCCAUGGUCUUGUUCCGCAACUCCAAUUACACAGAGCCUUAUGCAGCGGGUGCAGUUUUCCUUCCAGUGGGCUCACCAUUGUAUGUGGGGGUCUCUGUGGACAAAAGAGAUCCCAGCUUGGCACUUGUUUUGGAGGAUUGCUUCGCUUCUCACUCCCCAAACCCUGCGACCCCUCAGCGAUACACUCUCAUCCAAAAUAAAUGUCCCGCUGACCGGCAACAAGUGUCGGUGGUCGAGAGUGGCUCAUCGCUUCGGGCUCGUUUUGCUGCCCUCUUCUUCCUGCUUCAGGGAGAAUACCGAGAUGUUUACCUCCACUGCAGCCUCAGCCUGUGUGACCGCAGGAGGCACUCUUGCAUUCCGCCUUGCACAAGGAGGGUACGACGUUCUGUCUCAGACUCUGCUCCUCUGAUGCCACUCACCAUUGGCCCAAUCACUUGGGAGAAAUCAUCCGAGCAACAUCCGGUCAAAGAAUAAAACUGUUUGACUGUUCAGUUAUUAUUCAGAAACCACGAUAGCAAAAAUGGUGAGAUCUAGUUCAUAUAAAUUACAAUACAUUGUAUCAUAUUGUCAAUUCAAA